GGCAGGAUCGCGUUGAGGGCGCGUGAAGAGGCCAUCGUGGUGUCCGAGCCCAGUGAGGUUUUGAGCGAAAGUGACACCACGAGUGGGAUGCCGAUAUGCACGACCUGCACCGCGGCUGUGCCUUUUCUCUAUACCGUCUACGAUUCUAAAUCUAACUUGCGUCUUCACCAAUGCGAGAAAUGCCACAGUUUCGCGGACCCCUACGUCGAACACGACUCGUUCAUUCUUCUUCUGGACCUCAUUCUCCUGAAACGCGAUGUCUUCCGACAUCUGCUGUACAACCGGGGAACGAACCCGAGGAAAUACGUGGAUGGAGUCGAGGUCAAUGUCGAAAGACCGACUUCUCAGCAGAGAGAGCGAAAUCGAUGGAAGAAUGUUUUCAGAUUUGGCGGUCCCCUGAUAUUCGUUGACGCGUUCAUACGCUGGAGUCAUUUGCAUCCAUCUUUCUCAACUGUUUCGGCGCCCUUAACAGACGCGGCCGUCAUCGCUCUGUUGAAAACCGUAGCCGGCGUUCUCAUAGAGACGAUAACAUUCCAUAGUGGAGUCAUCUGUGCCUGCUGGGCCGUUCAAAGCUUGUUGGACCGCCUUCCUUUCACGAGGCACGAUAAACCUUCAGCGAUCCGCCAAGAAUUUCGAUUCUCGCUUAUCCCGCUGACCUUAUUCUAUUCCUCGCUGACGAAAUUGUUUCUGCUGUUUCUGCUCACGAUAUGGCGCCCCUCGACCGAACCAACCCGGUCAUCCGGCUCCCUCGCAGCGCGACUUGGAUGGCAGCAGCUGUCGGAUGAGGACGUGGACAGGGAAUGGGUUGUCAGGAACGUGCUUGGUGGGAUGUCGGCUGGGUUCGGGCUGCGGGUUAUCCUCGACUCACAUCCAAUAUUCACCACCCUGAUCAUUGCGGCGGGUUGGGUGGUCAAAACGGCUGCGUCGCGGGGACCACCCUCAUCAUCCUUCUGUACGAUGUCCAAUACUGACACCCAGCUCCCGCCUCGUUUCGCUGACCUGAAGCGCGAGAUCGCCAGCGCGAACCCCAACUUUGAGCAGAACCUGACGCGUGCAUGGGGCGAGCUGCUUGUCGAGCUUGAGAAGGCGACAUCGGACAUCGCGGCGCAAGGAUCUUCCUACAUCCCGCAAGUCCACUUCGCUGACCUCGACAAGUUGACGGCCGAGCAGAUCGCCGACAUCAAGCGCAAGGGUACGGUUGUUAUUCGCGAUGUCGUUGAUGAUGACAAGGCGCGCGGGUGGAAGACGAGUCUGGAGGAGUUCGUCAAGGCGAAUCCCCAGGUCGAAGGGUGGCCUGAGACGGGUGCCAAACAAUUCUUCCAGCUCUAUUGGACCAAAGCCCAGAUCGAAGCUCGCGCCCAUCCGAAUAUGCUCAAGUCGAUCGCGUGGCUGAACAACCUCUACCACACCAACGGCUCCUCGCCGCCAGAAGGCGUCGAUCUCUCUACCCCGCUCGCCUACGCUGACAGGUUCCGCAUCCGCAACCCAGGCGGAGUCUGGGACCGUCACCCACCGCACGUGGACGGUGGUUCGAUCGAGCGCUGGGAGGACGAAAAGCUUCGCGUCUGCUUUGCCGACAUUCUAUCUGGCGCGUGGAGGAACCAUGACCCGUAUGCGUUGGAACCGCGUCUCGAGGCUCGAACAUCUUUGUACAACCGGCCGAAUCAGUCGAGUGUAUUCCGCACCUUCCAAGGAUGGCUUGCCAUCAGUAAGACAGGACCACACCAAGGAACCCUCAAGGUCUUCCCGAGCUUGAUUCUCUCCAACGCCUACAUCAUCAUGCGCCCCUUCUUCCGGCCGAUUGUUCCGCUGGGAUCACCGGAUAUCCUUGCGGCCAAGAACUGGGUGUUUGAUCUAUCCUCGUCUGAAUUCCCGGGCAUCUUCACACGCGCCGGCGACAGGGGAUUCCACGGCCCUCGUCCUUCCGACGAAUUGCACCCCCACCUGCUCCUGAACCAGACGAUGACCUCUAUCCCCGACGUGAAUCCCGGCGACACCGUCUUCUGGCACUGCGACGUCGUGCAUGCUGUCGAAGAGGAACACACGGGCGCGGAAGACUCCGCGGUUAUGUACAUCCCCGCCGUCCCGCUCACCCCCGUCAACGCCAGCUACAUCGAGAAGCAGCGCGCGAGCUUUGCUGCGGGCAUCCCGCCCCCUGAUUACCCCGUCGCGACGACUGGCGUUGACUUUGUGGGGCUCGCCACCGAGGCUGAUAUUGUCGAGAGCGAGGGCAGGCGGGCGAUGGGGCUUCCGAUUGCCCUCGGCGCUUGACGUUAUUUGCAGGAGUAAAUCGAAUAUCUUGUGCCGAGCAAUAACGGAGAACAAUAUUGGACUCGGGCCAGCGGAUCUGUUGCAAACUGAACACAAAGGACACUGCCAAGGCCGCACGUGAUGUUCAAACCGGCUAGACGACUCGAUGCGACUUGCAAGGCAACAACAAAUUUACCUGGGCACAGUUUCAUUAUCGCUCAUCCAUUGCUCUCCCCAAAACCCCGUUCUCCCGGAUCGUCGCAAUUCCACACUUGGAGUGUACUGGCAUCUAUUUGCUUCCGGUAUUCUAUUCAAUAUAACUACCGAAUCUAUGGUGCGGUUCACUUAGAGACCUCACCCUGGGAACAACUGCCAAAUUGGCCGCAGGCCAAAUUUUUUUUACAGUGUACCCCUUUUGGGGCCUAGAUUUCGAUCUGAUUCGUAGAUUUUGUAACAACUGUAGCCAUAUCGGAAUUUUGACUAGAUCUUGA